UUUGUCAAAUUAACGUCAGAUUUGAUUUUUCGAAGCAGGUUAGGAUAAUUAACGUAGCAGGUUAGGAUAAUUAGGUAAAAGGUUAACUAAAAUGCAAAAAAAUACAAACUUUUGACUUUUAAUUUGAAUAAAAGCUGGAUCCUUUCUAAACAUUACCGUAGAUGUUCCGCGUUUAUAUGACAUCAUUAUUCUGCGACUGCCGGAAGAGACGUGGCAAAAUAUCCGCUUCUGAAAACAUUCGCAUUUUCUAGCUUUAGUUAUUUGUACAACCUUUUCCUUCAAACGAUAAAUCAUCGAGGAGAAAACUUGUGUGACAGAACGACAGACAGACCAUGGGUCUGUGCAAGUGUCCUAAGAGGAAGGUGACCAACUUGUUCUGCUUUGAACAUCGGGUGAAUGUGUGUGAACAUUGCCUGGUCUCCAACCACAACAAGUGUAUAGUGCAGUCCUACCUCCAGUGGCUUCAGGAUAGUGAUUACAACCCUAACUGUCGACUGUGUAAUAACCCACUGAUCUCCCAGGAUACUGUCAGAUUGGUCUGCUAUGAUGUAUUCCACUGGGCCUGUCUUCAUCACCUGGCAGCCCGGUUGCCCCUACACACUGCUCCUGCAGGAUACCAGUGCCCCAGCUGCCAGGGUCCAGUGUUCCCCCCCUCCAACCUGGCCAGCCCAAUAGCUGACAUGCUGAGGGAACAGUUGUCCUUAGUCAACUGGGCCAGAGCUGGACUAGGCCUACCUCUGAUUGAAGAACCUGUAAAAGCUAUUCAAGACAGCACACAGGAUGUCACUGACUAUGCUGACUGGUCCACGGUUGAUGCACCAGCAUUGGAGCCUACUGAAGCUUACCCCACCCACUCCUACGCCUCCCAACCACACCCUAGCCUCGCCCCUACUCCAGUUCCAACCACAGUACAGGAAGAUCAUGGAAGUCUCCACAACAACGGGGAGAUGGUGGCUCAUGAACAACACUCUUUGGUCGACAUGAUCACUGCAACCACCAGUGACACCAUCACCCUACACACAGCAUCAUCCCCAAGGAAGAUCUAUGACACUAGGGACUCUGGACACAGCUCUGUGACACAGAUCGACUUUGAUGACGACAAGUACCGGCGACGACCAGCACUCAGCUGGUUUGCACGGAUUCUCAAAAACCGGGCAGGUUCCAAGAGGACAGGCCUGUCCUGGAAGCAGAGGGUCUUCAUGCUCCUUCUGGUUGGAGUUCUGGGAUUCUUUACCUUGAUCAUCAUUAUGGCUAAACUGGGCCGUGCUUCAGCCGACUCCGACCCCAACUUAGACCCCCUACUAAACCCCAACAUCCGAGUGGGCAACAACUGACCAGCACCCACCUCCAAGUCCUAGUGAGUGUUGAACAUGGGGCCGAUAUAAGUCCAUCUAAGAAUGGUGGGACCAGUAAAGGCAGAGAGAUACCUUCUCUCUCUCAGACAUGAAAGAAAAGAGGAUGGGAUGGUGCAUUUUGUCCUGGAAAUGAUGGCAACCUUACACCCUUCUUCCUUCUUUGGGAUAGGCAGGUGCAGAUUUCCUAAGCAUCUACUUCUCAGAACGAAUAGGAUAUAUAACCGGGUGUGUGUGUGUGUGUGUGUGUGUGUGUGUGUGUGUGUGUGUGUGUGUGUGUGUGUGUGUGUGUGUGUGUGUGUGUGUGUGUGUGUGUGUGUGUGUGUGUACACACUUUCAAACUUAUUAUUUACAUUGCUUUUAGAGCUAUAUGUACAAUUAAUUUAUAUAUAUUUUGACCCACUCCACAUCAAAUGAGAUUGCAAUGUUGGAAUGAAUGGUGAUGGGGAAAACAGAUUUUCACAACAGAAAUACUGUAUUCUAUGACACACAUGGCUUUUUGCAAUAUCUGCUAAAACAAAGGUAUUUUUGAAGGGGGCAUCAAUAAGUUCAAGUUAAUUGACUGAGUGUGAGGUUUGUGUUGAAUUGGAAGAAUGCUACGUCUGAUAUUCACUUACUGUAUUGUAUGGUGAUUAAAUGAGUCUGUAAAUAUAGAAAUUUAAUGAGAUGGUAGUGUGUGUUGUGUUGAACUGGAAUAAAUGUUUAACCAAUUCUCAAAUUCUGUAUGCAAUAUACGUUCAUAUUUUGUGGAUAAACAAAAUGUACAACAGAUACUGUGAGGAUAUUCAAGUAGUGGUUAACUAAUUAGACAUUGGUCUUGGUUUAGCAUUAAAAUGGCAAAUGCAGUCUUAAAUCCACAAGUGCCCUGUGCUCAGACACUCUUUGAUAGAGUCAUCUACUGUCUCCUGAGUUUGAAGUGUUUAGAAAGGUAUUAGUGGGUGGGUGUGUUGAUGGGACCUCUAAAAUAAGUACAGUGCAUUCAGACAGUAUUCAGACCCCUCAACUUAUUUUCCACCUUUUUUAUGUUAGACUUAUUUUAAAAGGAUUAAAGUUGUUUUUUUUUUUUCUUCUCCAAUCUACACACAAUACCCCAUAAUGACAAAGCCAAAACAGGUUUUUUGAAAUUUUUGCAAAUGUAUUAAAAAUAAACUGAUAUCAAAUGUA